CCCAAUCCCGAAAAAAUCGCAGCCUCUGCUGUACACGAGCCGAAAGCAAACUUUCACUUCAAAAUGGAUGACGCCAGCAUUGAAAGUUUAAUCUUGAAACUGCAAAACAUCCACGCCGUAAAGUUUGGAACAUUCAAACUGAAAAGUGGACUAAUUUCGCCAAUAUACUUUGAUCUUCGAGUAAUAGUGUCCUACCCGGCGUUGAUGAACGAGGUGGCUCACCUUCUUCACAAGCGUGCAGAGGACGCAGGAGUAAAGUUUGAUUGUGUGUGUGGUGUUCCCUACACGGCUCUUCCUUUGGCCACAAUCAUCUGCUCCACUAAAGAAUAUCCCAUGCUUAUCCGGCGAAAGGAGGCCAAAGACUACGGAACAAAACGUAUUAUCGAGGGAAGGAUCCACCCUGGGCAGAAAUGUUUAAUAGUGGAGGAUGUUGUGACCAGUGGAAGCAGUGUUCUAGAAACUGCUGAGGUGCUCGAAAAAGAAGGCCUGAAGAUCACUGAUGCAGUCGUUUUAAUGGACCGAGAACAGGGGGGCAGUUCCAUGCUUGCUGAUAAAGGCAUCACUCUACAUUCAGUCAUUUCUGUCUCCAAACUCUUGGAUGUAUUGGUAAAAGCUGGACGAAUUGACUUGGCCAUAUCUCAGGAUGUACAGAGGUUUGUAGAAGAAAAUAACACAUACAAGGACAAUGGCUCCUCUGUUGCAAUCAAGAGCCCCAAGAUGCUCAGCUAUGGGGCUCGUGCUGGCUUGCCCGAUACUCAUUCACUUGCUUCCCAGCUGUUGAAGAUCAUGGAGGAAAAGAAGACCAAUCUGUGUGUGUCUGCAGAUGUGACUAGUUCUAUAGAGCUGCUGGAGAUUGCAGUGAUGUUGGGUCCACUGAUUUGUGUGUUGAAGACUCAUGUAGACAUCUUGGAGGAUUUUACUUCAGAUGUAGUCAGCCAACUUAAAGAGUUGGCCAUAAAGCACAACUUCCUGAUUUUUGAGGAUCGCAAGUUUGCAGACAUUGGGAACACGGUUAAGCAUCAAUACAAAGGUGGUCUUUACCAGAUCUCAUCAUGGGCUCACAUCAUCAAUGCCCAGGCUUUGCCAGGUCCAGGUGUUCUGCAGGGUCUCUGUGCAGUUGGAAAGCCUCUGGGUCACGGCUGUUUGCUCAUUGCUCAGAUGAGCUCACAAGGUUCCCUAGCAACAGGAGAUUACACUCAAGAAGUGGUGAAGAUGGCCGAUGACUACUCAGACUUUGUGUUCGGGUUUAUAAGUGGAUCAAAGAUCAGUGAAAAGCCUGGUUUUGUACACAUGACGCCGGGAGUGCAAAUGCAAACAGGAGGGGAUGGACUUGGACAGCAGUAUUCAAGUCCAGAAGAUGUGAUUUACUGUAAAGGAUCUGACAUCAUAAUUGUGGGACGAGGUAUUCUUGCAAGCCCAGAUCGUCUAAAAGCUGCUGAAGAAUACAGAAAGGCAGGCUGGGAAGCAUAUCUGAAAAGACUCGCAGGCCAGCGGAUGAAGCUCUCCUGAAUUAUGGAGUCAUGUCUGGCCUGUUAGGGGUAUAGCUUGAUCAUUCUCUACAAUUUAAUUCUGUAUCAGCUACAGUAUUAUGAAAUUACAUGUUUGGUUUAUUAAAAUAUAAAUGUUAAACAAUUAAAUGUUAGAUUUCAAUCAAAAGUGACUGAUUUUGAUAAUAUUGUAUUUUAAAUGAUUCAAUACUGGACAGAAGAUAUUUACAAUAUUAUUUUUCUGUAUUAAAUAAAGCGGGAGACCAAGACAGGGUUAUAACACAGUGAUGAUUUCAGCAUAUUUUGAGUUAAAAAUCAAAUUGUGUUUACACAUAACAUGUGUUGUUCUUACAAAUCAUGCUAACACUAAACAGGUUUGUUGUUUGAGUUAUACGAUAUUAAAAUGAACUUGCAUUGUCAAUUCAUCAGUGUUAUGAGUGUAGGUGACCUUUUUUCAGGCCGAGACUUUCUUUAACACCAUUAAAUACUUUUUACUGCAUUUGUUGGCCAAACCAAUACCUUGAUUGUUGUUUUGGCGGGUUUUCUUAACAUUUUUUUUAUAUUAAAAAUGUUAUACUAGCUCCAUUGAGAAUGCAUGAAUGUAAAUUAUACAGCAUGUAUAAAGUGAUUGUCUUGUAUCAAAGACUGUUUAAAUAGAAAUGUACUUUAUAAGAUGGAGACCUUGAGAAAAAUUAAAUGAAUACCUUGAGACACCUUGA